CCCCCCCCCCAUCGUCUCUUAUUUUAAUCUUGGCAAAAAUGAACGGGUCGUUGCACUCCCGCCCGAGACUUGUAGACAUAAGUCUGAACCGAGGACCCGCAGGUCUCGGGUUCAAUAUAAUUGGGGGCAUCGACCAUCAAUGGAUAACGAACGAUAAUGGCGUCUACGUCAGCAAAAUCAAAGAAGGUGGAUCAGCAGCAGUAGAUGGACGACUCCAAGAGGGAGACAAGAUUCUUGCAAUAAACGGCGUCUCGCUUGAGAACCGCUACCACCACGAAGUGGUGGAACUGUUCAGGUCCGCCGGGGAGAGCGUCCAGCUCCGCGUCAUGAAAAAGUCUCACCUAAGUAACGGACCAGCCACCUCCAAACCUAAUCGCAAUCCUUCCACGUCUACUCUGGGAAUGCUGGCCUUAUUUUCUGGAGCCGUGUCGAUCAUUGUUAUAAUAGCUCUUUAUAAACGGCUUAAAUAGGCUUUUCUUUUUAAUAUACGUGUAUUAUGUAUCUGAGCUGACAAUAUCUGUCAUUUUGUUUUAGAAUCAAAAACUUUGCUAAAUGCCAACAAAAUAAAUAAAAAAUAAAGAAGCAGACGUGAACGGUAGACCUUUUCCUGAUUGGCAGGUGAAAUGGCAUCACGGUUUAGUUUACUUCCAUAUUCGUGCAUAUUCUGUGAGUUAACGGUAGCUUCUUCGGCGCAACAGAAGCCGUCAGCCAACGCUGAGGCGUUCAGGAAGCCAGCUUUUACGGCGGCUUCCUGUCAAUUUUCCUCGCGACAGUGCUUCAUAGUUUCUCCGAGGGGUUUAGGUGAGCCAAGUUUCCUGGCCAAAACAAUCACGUUUUGGUCAUCAAAAGCAGGCGUUUGUGCUUUUCUCAAUCGCUUGUGUGACAUUUUUCGCCACACGCUUUCUCUCCACUUCGCAUCUCGUCAGUGCUCUUGGAUUCUGUGCUCUGCGUACGUUUCUAUUCGAAAGCCCAUACACCCGACGGGUUUUCACCAGCUGCAAGCGGUGAUUAUUGGAAUUAGCAUCAGCUGUUCAAAUAUAUCACUUUGUGUAAUAGAUUUAAGAGUUUCGCUUUCUGAAUGCAUCUAUGGAAUUAAAGUUUUUAGUAAUCGAGUUUCUUCCCUCACGGCAUUGGGAGGUGCUCUCGUCACUCAUUAAACCCGGCUUUCGCAGAUAUAAUUCAAUUAUAAAAACCAUAUAUUUGAUUUUUUACUGAAAUGGAGAUGUUCUGAUUGUACAAGUGAAGGGAUCAAUUUGUUUGUUUGUUUCAUUGUGAGCAGUGUUGCAGUUAACUCACUACUUUUGCGUUUUGCACUACAGCGACACUCAUGGAGGUUUUCAGGUAGAAACAGGUUUGAACAGAAAUUAAUGUUUUUUUGUUUUUCUUUCGGUCACAACAAUCACAUCACCAUCUCUACCUGUGGCUAAUUGUAUGUAAAUACAUUUCUCCUGUGAGACAUUGUGAAUAUGUGCAGUACGCCAGAAAAGAAAAUCACGAGCACUAUUAAAUUAUGCAAAUAUUCUGUUCGACAUGCAGAUAUGUAAUAAAUUUUGUUUAAUUCA